AUGUCGUCAACGGGAGCUCCCAAUGGCUCCAACGGGGACGCUGCUACGCAAGCAGCUUCCUCGCCGAGGCCGUCAUCAGCUGCGCCGACCGCACCGCCAUCGCAGCCUCCUCCACCGGCAUCCUCAGCCGUGACCGAUUCCGCAGCCACGUCGACCCCCGAGCUCGACGUCCCAAAGCUCCAAGCCCUCCCCGCCGAGCAGCAGGAGCUCUUCCUGCUCACCUUCGUCUCGACCCUCUCGAAACACGUCCUGAGCCUCUCCGCCGACGACUGCACCGCCCAGCAGUUCUACCUCAAGAAAGAGAUCUUCCAGAUCAUCAACCUGCCCUCGCCCCAGCCGAGCCGCGUCGUAAGGAACAACCUCGGCAAGUGUCUUGCCCACAUCUUCGGGAACGGCGAUCGCAAACUGCUCUUCGAGACCAUCAACGACUUGAUUGCCAUUGUGUCGGGCGCCAAGUCCAAGACUGAUGUCGGGCCGCGCACGAAGCACGCUGCCGUCGCGUGCCUUGGCGACGUUUUUGCAUCCGCCGGCGACAGCGCCAUUGGCCUGCACCCGCUGGCGUGCGCGACGCUCGUCAAGCUGUUGAAGUCGUCGUCCAGCAAUGCGGGUCUACGUGCGGCCGUAUUUACGUCUCUGAGCAAAAUCGUCAAGAUGGUGGAAUCGAGCGUGGAUGAAAAUGUUGCGAGGGAUAUCUUCAAGCAGUCGCGCAACUACGCCACGAGCGACAAGGGCUCGCUGGUCGUCGUCUCAGCUUGUCGAGCUCUGAGAGCGCUGAUGCGACACACGCCCUACUUCGAGAACUCGAGCGACUUUGAUAAGCUUCAGAAUGCCAUUUUCAGGGUGUUCGACUCGUCGUCUUCGCAAGUCAGACACGCCGCUUCGGAGGCGCUGGCAGAGGCCAUGGUGAGGGGGUACUCCGAGACUGGUGCAGCGGAUGCCGCUGCGAUGGCAAAGGCGAACAAGAGGAUGAGCAAGAAGCCCCCCAAGCGUACCGGCACGCAGGCCAGCAUGGUUGCGGACGAGGACGAGCUGCCCACGUCACGACCUGGAAGCCCUGCCCCUGGCGGGAAAAGAACGCAAGACCUGGCGCUCUCGCUAACUGAGAUUCUGAAGAUUCUCUCGACGCAGUACACCAAGAUGCCGACGUCAAACAAGGCGAGAGCGGCCAUUGGCGUUUGCUACGGCAAAGUGCUCAGGAAGCUCGGCGAGAAGACGGUUGAGACAAAUUACCUCAAGAUUAUCGAGAACUUGACCAUCGACUUGAUCGGGCAGCCAAACAUCAUGAACAACCGGUAUAGGCUUCUCAUUUCCAGGCGCAUCGUCGACACAAUCCUCCAAGACAUCAUUGGCCGUAAGAUUCUGGGCGAGUCGGGGCAAACAUCGGCAGCAAAGCUCAUCAUCAACGACAUUCUCAAGAAUUACCCACAAGCCCUGGUCGAGCGCUCGGAACCGACGAAGCACAUGCUGAUCGCGGCUCUUGGUGCGAUAGCGUCGCUCAUCAACUCCCUAAGAUCUGCGGCAAACAACUUCGCGGAGUCAUGUAGAGAUGGCCUCCUGGGCGUCUUGCAACACCCCAGCUAUUCGGUGCAGGUGCAUGCCUCGGCGUGCAUGAAGGCCUUCGUUCUGGCCUGCCCUCAGCAGCUACUGCCGUGCUUGUCAGUGUGCAUGAACAGCCUGAGCAGAGAAUUGUCUCUGCUCACCAGCGGACGAAACUCCCCUCGGCGAUGCGUCGGAUUCGCCCAUGGUCUUGCAGCAACACUCAGCGCAAGCCCCGCGCGUCCUCUGCAUGGCUCAGUUGAUAUCAACAGCCGUGUCCUAACGAUGGCAACAAGUCUACUCAAGUCAAGUGGUCAGUCUGAAUUAAGAGUCUCUAGCACUCAGAUUCAGGUCGCGUGGAUCUUGAUUGGCGGUUUGAUGUCACUGGGACCGAACUUCGUCAAAAUCCAUCUCUCUCAGUUGCUGCUGUUGUGGAAGAAUGCGCUGCCGAAGCCCCUGUCGAAAGACAACACGGCUCACCGCAGUUUACUUGAAGCUUCAUUCCUGACGCAUGUUCGCGAGUGCGCUCUGGGAUCGAUACUCUCGUUCCUCCAGUUUAACACACGGCUGCUCACGGUUGAUGUUUCCAAGCGCAUAGCGACGAUGCUGCAGAACACAUCGGCGUUUUUGAGAACAUUGCCAUCGAAGAAGAUCACCGAUGACGUGUCACAAAGACUGACACCCGCGCUCCAGCUUCACGACCUUGAUAUGAUGGUCCAGCGCCGAGUGCUGCAAUGCUACAUCAAGCUGGUCAACCUUAGUCCGGCCGGCGGCAGCGAGUCUCUGCUACAGUCCAACUUGCUGACUAUUGCCAUCUCCCUUUUUGCGGACCCUGAAAAUUACUCGGCCAACACUCUCAGCGCAUCUAUAGCGAAUGCUGCAGCCACGUUCGAGACCGUAUGGGAUGUUGGCGACAACUCUGGAUUCGGCAUUACUGGCUUGAUCUCCGGCUUUAAGAUCAAGGGACUCCCUGGGCAACAAGACAAUUCCAUAGAGGGGACGCCACUGGAAGCAAACAGCCCAGAGGAGUCCAUAGACCGCUUACUACUGUCCCCGGUUUGCGGCACGCUGGAACACGACGCAUCGCUGCUCUACGUCGGAGACACAAGUUCUGACCUCACGAUUCCCGACCCUCCUGCCACCGAAGUCAUCAACAUGGCCAUACAGUUAUUCGCCUUCGUAUUCCCGCUCACGCCGCCCAAGGUUCAAGAGAGUGUGCUUGAACAAGUAAAGACGUUCAUGUCGGCCGGCACAUUGCUCAGAGACCCUGGCAGGAAGGCGGCCAUCAAUGUAAACGUUUCAGUCGCGAUUCUCUCGACUUUGCGAGUUGCUGUAAAGGAGACGCAGUCUUCUCCUGGUAACGUCACCAACCUGGCCGUAGAGAGGCUUAUCCAGGACAUGCUGCGCGACUUCGUAAUUGACGGAGACCAGUAUGUUCGCAGUGUCGGGUAUGCCGCAGUUGCGAGACUUUGCAACGCUUGCGGCAACGCCUUUACCAACCACGAAAUCAAGUACCUCGUCGAUACCAUUGUAAGCAACCGUGAGCCUAGUGCGCGCGCGGGCUGUGCAAUGGCUCUCGGGUCAAUCCAGACCAAGGUAGGCGGCAUGGCCGCGGGCUAUCAUCUGAAGACGAUUCUCGGUAUUCUCAUGUCCCUCUGCAACGAUCCUCAUCCCACCGUCCACUUCUGGGCUUUGGAAGCAUUGGCUUUGGCCUCCGACGCGGCUGGACUCAGCUUUGCUGGGUAUGUGCCUAGUACUCUCGGAAUGCUGGCUCAGUUGUAUGUUUCCGACACUCACCACCCCGAGAUCUCAUCCGCCAUCACCAUGAACCUCGAAAUGGAUCUUUCUACCACGGCUGCAAUCACCCGCUGUGUUGAUUCCCUCAUCAACGUGCUUGGCCCCGAUCUUCAAGACUCCACAAAGUCGCGGGAACUCAUCCUCAACCUGGUUGGCCAGCUCCAAGAAGAAGACGACCUCCUCGUUCAACGGGCGACCUUGAGCUGUUGUGAGCAUUUGUCACUCUAUGCUCCUGGUUACAUGAAUUUUGAGGAGUACGUGAAGGUUCUCCAAAAGUAUCUCCAGUCAGAAUACCCGAUUUUGCGGGACGUUGCGGUCGAUGGUCUUUACAACAUCAUGAAAAGAAAUCCAAACGACGUCAUCGGUGCCGCGGAGAAGGGCUUCGAGGAUCAGUUAUGGCUGGUUCUCGACACUGCACCGACGCACGAUGGUAUACGCAACAUUCUCCGAAACUGGAUGCGACAGACGUGUCUUACAGAUACUGGCUUGUGGCUCACCAGAUUCCAGAAUGUACUGAAGAUGACAAGGGCCAAGGUCAAGGAGGAGUCUGACUCCGGAAACAAUGGCGCAAGGGGCAUGCCAGACUUGCAGGACGAGGAGGUUGCCGGUUUUGCUGGGACCGCUAAGGACGACCAGGAUAACAAGGCCGGAUCCGAAGUCGAGCCACUGCGGUGGCAAGUUACAACUUUUGCAAUCGGCUGCAUCAACGACAUGUUUGUCUUGAUUGCCAAGGACGUCAUGACGAACGGCGAGUCUGCGGCCCAGUUGGCUCUUCAGAACAAGAUCGCUGAUGUCGUCCGCAUGGCGUUCUCGGCAUCGACUUCGAGCGUGCUGGAGCUGCGAGUCUGGGGUCUCAAGAUCAUUGGUGCUGUUCUCAAAAUGUUCGGCAAGGUACCCGAUCCCGAUUUCGAAGAGGCGAUGCUUCUGGAGCAAUACCAAGCACAGAUCAGCUCAGCGCUUACUCCCGCCUUUGCCGCGGACUCGUCUCCCGAAUUGGCAUCCGAAGCAGUAAACGUCUGCGCCGGCUUCAUCUCUACCGGUAUCGUUACAGAUGUCGAGAGAAUGGGUCGCAUUCUCAAGACCUUGGUGUCCGCUUUGGAAAACUUCUCGAAAGACCACGAAAACGCCGGCAUCGGCGAGUUGAAGGGCCUCAGCUCCAACGCUCAAGUCAUGGUCAAAAUGUCAGUCUUCUCGGCUUGGGCAGAGCUUCAGGUGGCCAGCUCCGAGCAGAAGUACCUCCUCGACGUCCUGAAGCCGCACAUUGGAACGCUCACGCCGCUGUGGCUGGAAUCUCUGAGGGAGUUCGCUCGUCUGCGGUUCGAGCCGGACAUCUCAAUGACAUUGGGCCCCCCUUCUCUGUCCGGCAGUCUCGACACCAUUUAUGCCGCGCUAAACCGGGAGACCCUACUCAAGUUCUACCAAGACUCGUGGCUUAAGCUCGUUGAUGCCAUCGCCAGCUUGAUCGAGCAAGACAGCGAGUUCGUCUUUGAUGCGCUGGAUGGGAAGGAAUCCGAAGGGCUCAACACCAACGGAAACACCAAGGGCUCCGACAUCAACUAUCGCGACGAGCCGGUGGCUUUCUUCUUUGUCCUGUUCGGCAUUGCCUUUGAGGCUCUGGCUACUCGUCCCGGACAGAGCGACUCCUUGGCCACUCAGGAGCAGAAUCUCGCGAUUCUGCAGGCUCUCAAGAAAAUCCUACACCCCAGCGUGUCUGGCCAUGCCAUCUACAGAGAGGCCAUCUUCUCAGAAACCAUGGACCUGUUAGACCGACUCGUGCUGACUGAAGGCCUCGAUGUCCAAGGCGUCAUUGUCGAGAUUGCCCGAGCGCUUUGCGUUUCUCAUCCUUCUGCUCGCAAGAAGGACUCUGGCGAUGACGGCGACUUGUCGGACGACAUUGAUCAGCUCUUCGAGCUCACACGCAUCAUUGUUCUCGUCCUCUCCGGCUUGCUUCCCAAUCUUACGGAAGCAAACCAGCCCGUGCGCCACCAGAUGACCGAGGAAGCAGUACUACUGAUCCGCUCAUCCCUCAACGCUCUCGUCGAUGCCGCCGAGGUUUUCCCUUCCAUUAUCAAGACGGACCUCCACGCCUGCAUCAUCCACAUUCUCGCCACCAUCCUCGCAACGCCUGGAUGUCAGGAGGUGAUCGUUCCGCAAUCUCUUCCCACGCUGAAGCGCUUCGUGGCAAGCAUGACAAAGUCCGCCAGGAAGAGCGGCGGCCCGACGCCCACAGACGUCCAGCUGCAGGGCUGCCUGCGUCGAUUCCUCUCCAUCUACCUCAACGCUCAGAAGCGCGAGGUGCCGACGUCCCUCACAUGCGUCAAGAACUGCUUGCUCGCGAGCACGAUAUUGUUCACGGGCGGCACAAAUCACUUGGCGGCGAAUGAUCCGCUUGUGGCAAGGUACCUCGACGAGGUUGUCGACUGCCUCACGGACCGCAUGACCGCCAAAAUAGCAGCAAACUGCAUCAGGUCUCUGCUCCUGCAGGCCAACCCUACGCCGGCAGACCAAACCAUUGCCCGUUACCUCCUGCCGCGCCUGGUCGCCUUCGUCACCAAUACAGAGCCGGAGGACCCCGAAAACGCCCGCUCCCUCAUCGCGCACUCGCUCAGCCAGUACGUGGGCGCCGUGCCCCGGGACCGCAUCCCCGUGGCGAUGGCUCUCAUCCUGCCCACCUUCCUUGCGCGCGCAUCGUCCGAGGGCGAGGAUGCGUACAGGGACACGAGCGCCAGGCUUCUGGAGCUGGCCGCCGUGGACCAGAACGCGUUCCGGACCGUCGUGGCCAGCAUGAACGACGGGCAGAAGGCUUUCCUGGAGGAGGUCAUCAGGUGGGGCAGACAGCAGGGGCCGUCGGAACAGGCCUCGACCGGUUCGACUGGGCAGCCCAGCAUUGCGUUGAAGAUGGAUUUCGGUGGCUGA